AUGCCGGUGCGAGCGGUCGAGGCGACGCAGAGGCGACCAGCUGAGGCGGCGCAGAGGCCGCGGGCGGAGAGACCGGGGUCGGAGACGGCGCAGCAGAGGCCGGAGGCGGAGACGGCGCAGAGGCCGGGGGCGGAGACGGCGCAGCAGAGGCCGGUGGCGGAGAGGGCGCAGCAGAGGCCGGGGGCGGAGAGGGCGCAGCAGAGGCCGGGGGCGGAGACGGCGCAGAGGCCGGGGGCGGAGGCGGCGCAGAGGCCGGGGGCGGAGAGGGCGCAGCAGAGGCCGGAGGCGGAGAGGGCGCAGAGGCCGGGGGCGGAGAGGGCGCAGCAGAGGCCGGAGGCGGAGAGGGCGCAGAGGCCGGGGGCAGAGAGGGCGCAGCAGAGGCCGGGGGCGGAGACGGCGCAGAGGCCGGGGGCGGAGACGGCGCAGCAGAGGCCGGAGGCGGAGAGGGCGCAGAGGCCGGGGGCGGAGAGGGCGCAGCAGAGGCCGGGGGCGGAGACGGCGCAGAGGCCGGGGGCGGAGAGGGCGCAGCAGAGGCCGGGGGGGGAGAGGGCGCCACGGCAGAGACCGGGGGCGGAGGGGGCGCAGAGGAGGGGGGCAGAGAGGGUGCAGAGGCCGGGGGUGGAGGGGGCGCCGCGGCGGUCCCGCCCCCGCAGCCCCGCGGCGCGCAGCGCGGCCCUGCAGGCGGAGCGGCAGCGCCUGCACAGGGAGGUCGUCACCCGCUGCUGGGAGCGCUGGAUCGACGCCACCUUACUGGGCGCCCAAGACUGCGAGCAGCUGAUCCUCGGCUGGCUCCAGGAGUACGAAGACUUCGAGGGCUUCUUCAUGCGGAACCUCGCGCCCCAGGACAGCACCGGCUCGCCCCCGCGCCAGACCUGA